AUCGCUCAGCUGAGUCGGCUCGGUCCUGUUCUUCAGAAACUAGAAGCUUCUGUCUCUCUGAAAAUUAGGGUUUCACUUUCAUUUGAUAGAAGUCAUCCUCCCCUCCUCCAUCUCUCUCUAGCUCGGUAGCUCGAGAACCCUAGCCAUGGCGGAGCACUUAGCAUCGAUCUUCGGGACGGAGAAGGACCGGGUGAACUGUCCGUUCUACUUCAAGAUCGGCGCCUGCCGCCACGGCGACCGAUGCUCCCGCCUCCACAACCGGCCCACCAUCUCCCCGACCCUCCUGCUGUCCAACAUGUACCAGCGCCCCGAUAUGAUCACCCCGGGGGUGGACGCCCAGGGCCAGCCGAUCGACCCUAGGAAGAUCCAGGAGCACUUUGAGGACUUCUACGAGGACAUCUUCGAGGAGCUCAGCAAGUUCGGGGAGAUCGAGUCCCUCAACGUCUGCGAUAACCUGGCCGACCACAUGAUAGGCAACGUGUACGUCCAGUUCAAGGAGGAGGACCAGGCGGCAGCAGCCCUUCAGGCCCUCCAAGGACGGUUCUAUUCGGGCCGCCCGAUCAUCGCCGAUUUUUCCCCGGUGACCGACUUUCGUGAAGCUACGUGCCGGCAGUUUGAGGAGAAUAACUGUAACCGAGGUGGGUAUUGUAAUUUCAUGCACGUGAAGAUGAUAGGGAGGGAGCUGAGGAGGCGGCUGUUCGGGAGGUACAGGGGUUACAGGGUUGGAAGGAGCCGGAGCAGGAGCGGGAGCCCGAGGGGUUACAGGAGAGACUUCGAUAGACGGGAAAGGGAUAGGGACAGGGACUACUAUCGAGGCGGACAUGGUGGGAGGAGUAGUCGGGAGAGGCACGAGAAGGAUAGGAAGAGGAGGAGCCGGACCCGGAGCAGGAGUCCCAUUAGGGAAGGCAGCGAGGAGCGGAGGGCGAGGAUUGAGCAGUGGAACCGAGAGAGGGAGGAGAAGCAGCAGUAACCUUGGAAUUCUACUUUCUAUUGGCAAUUCUGUAGGUAUCAUUUUGGCCCCAAAGUUGGUGCUGCAUGGACACAUAGAGUAUUCUUAUUUCUAUCCCUAAUUUUCUUAUCCAGUCGCUGUAUGAGUUUCUCCAUUAUCACCAUUUCUAAUAAUUUUUCCUUCAUGCUUCUAGGGACAGCUUUUGUAGGUUUCAAAUUGACUUAAUUCAACAUGGAGUUGGUGUGGGAUACAGCAAUCCAAGGCAUCUGCCAUAGAUUUUGGUUUUUAAUUGAAAACACAACUCUUGCAGGGAUAAUGCAGGGUCCUUUGAUGAUAAUGAAGUUUUUGUAGUUUUGAUUUCUUGGAAAAUUCUUCAAACAUUUUCUUCUAUUGUUUUGUUUCUCUAAAAGCAUUUCCUUGACAUUUUCCUCUUCAUUUUCUUUUUUCCCUGGUUUAGUGUUUCCUCUGAUAUGUUAAACUGUUUUUCUUCAUAUUGUAACAUUAAUAGCAUUUUUUCCCCAUAUAUUUUUUUAAUUAUAUAAUAAUAUUUAUAUAGCAUAUAGAAAUUGAAGGUAGCAUCUUCAUGUAUUAUUACUAAAGAAAAGAAGAAAUGGUUUUUUUUUCCUUUUCUUUUAAGAAAUUCUUUUGUCAGAUACCGGAGAGCACUUUCUUCUUCUUCUUCCGUUUUUUUUUUUUUUUUAAAGAUGAACUCAAAGUCUAAUCUGUUCUUUAUGUGUCAAGGUCCAGUUUUUCCUUUAUCCCCCCUUAAGAAUGAGAAUGGACAGGUUAUGCAGGUUGCUUAUAUAAUUAUCUUGACACUAUAUGAACUGCAUGUAGCAGCUUUGCAGCUCUGUUCUUCGAGCCAUUUGUCCUUUAUCUGUGCAUGAAAGAUGAAAGAAGGGUUAUAUCAACCCCCACCUCUAGUCUCCAGCUUUAAAGAUUAGAAUUAGGUCAUGCUGUAGGAACAGGAUUUAGACCAUAGUGGACUUUGCCGUUCCAUAAGUUUUGAAGGGAUAGCUAGGAUUAGGUGACACAGGUUCUUUAGGAAGGCAUGAUCUGAAUAAUGAUUGCGAAGAACGUCAUCAAGCAUUAAGAGUAAAGUAAGCUUCAUAGCUCUGGGAGAGGCUGCUAUUAAGCUGUAAGUACUGGGUGAUAUGAUGUGAGGGAUGAGAACUUCCGUUGAUUUCUUUAUAGUUAGGAAAGCAUUGGAUGUCUCAUCGCUGCUAGUCUGUACUGAUAUAUAAAUCUGUGUUUGCUGAGGUUUUAAUUCGAAGUUCCAGCUGCUUGUGCUUUUCCUGCAUAUCAUUGCGACCUCUGGAAACCUUCAGGCAAAGAUUCAUUGAGGUGGACGCGAAACUGAAAGUGACUGAAUCCAAAAUGUUUGCUUCACAUCAUUUCCCUUGCUUUUCUGUUCCUAAGUAUUGGAUAUAGUUUCAGAUGAUAGCGUAGCAUACGGUCGAUUAUUAUUUCACUUCCAUUUCUCUGGCCAAGGUGGAACAGGUCACAAAUGGUACGUAGAUGGUCUGCAAUUCAAUGUUUGAACUCAGAGACUGAAAGAAAAUUCUGCUGAUCAUGGGGGGUAUGGUUGCGCUUGUUUGGGAACUGCAAUGGAAUGUGCACGGGAUUUACUGAUGCUGUGUUAUUCCAUUUUCUUCUCGGGUGUAUUGUAGUGUCACGGGAAAAUUUAUUGCAAUAUUAUGUUGUGAGCCGUAGAUCUCCACAUUCAAGUUUAUGUUGUGAGAUUAGUGGCUUUGGUGA